AUCUCCUCUAUCUAUCCAAACCAAGAGAGAUCCAGCGAAGAGGAUUUGCAGCCGAGAACUUUCCCGGGAAAAUUUUGAGCUGUUCCAGAAAGUCCCAGAAAAUGUGCGAACCUGAUGAGGAUAGCACCAGAAACGGCGCCAUUCCUCCGCUACCGAGGCCUCGGGAGCUGCUGAUGGAUUUGGACGAUCUGGAUCUCGACGGUUCCUGGCCGUUGGAUCAGAUCCCCCACCUCUUCUCGUCCAAUCAGUUCAUCUCUCCAUUCGUCGUCUCCUCGUCCUCCGAGCAGCCUUUCUCACCUCUCUGGGCGUUUUCUGACGGCGGAGGAACCGCCGCUGUUCCCACCGCCGGCGACGACGAGAAGCUCAGCCCCAACUCCGGUGCUCCUCCUUUCCGUCUCGCCGAGUAUCCUAUCUUUCUUCCUUGUGCUGCUUCUUCCAAGGUCGAGAACACAGCAGAAAGAGACAGAAAUGUCCAGUUUCCUUCUCCAUUAACGGGUCUGGCCCCUCCGGAGAACACAGACAACUACUGUGUCAUCAAAGAGAGGAUGACUCAGGCGCUUCGUUACUUCAAGGAAUCAACCGAACAGCAAAUCCUGGCUCAGGUCUGGGCUCCCGUGAGAAAGAACGGUCGUGAAUUGCUGACGACUUUGGGUCAACCCUUUGUUCUUAAUCCUAACGGUAAUGGGCUUAACCAAUACAGGAUGAUCUCUCUCACGUAUAUGUUUUCUGUGGAUAGUGAAAGCGACAUAGAGCUCGGACUCCCUGGUCGUGUUUAUCGUCAGAAAUUGCCCGAAUGGACUCCGAAUGUUCAGUACUAUUCCAGCAGGGAAUUCUCUCGGCUUGACCACGCCUUGCACUACAACGUGCGAGGUACCCUUGCCUUGCCUGUCUUUAACCCCUCUGGUCAGUCUUGCAUAGGUGUUGUCGAGCUUAUAAUGACCUCAGAGAAGAUACACUAUGCCCCUGAAGUGGACAGAGUCUGCAAAGCCCUCGAGGCGGUGAAUCUGAAAAGCUCUGAAAUACUUGACCAUCAAACCACUCAGAUAUGUAACGAGGGCCGUCAAAACGCGCUCGCUGAGAUUCUUGAGAUACUGACGGUCGUAUGCGAGACCUACAAGCUUCCUCUGGCUCAAACCUGGGUCCCAUGCCAGCACCGGAGUGUUCUCGCCAAUGGUGGUGGUCUAAAGAAAUCCUGCACCAGCUUUGACGGCAGCUGCAUGGGCCAGGUCUGCAUGUCCACCACCGAUAUGGCCGCCUAUGUUGUGGAUGCCCAUGUAUGGGGAUUCAGAGACGCCUGCCUCGAACACCAUCUCCAGAAAGGCCAGGGUGUUGCGGGCCGAGCCUUCCUGAACCGCAGCUCAUGCUUCUGCCGAGACGUCACCAAGUUCUGCAAAAUUCAGUACCCGCUGGUCCAUUAUGCGCUCAUGUUCAAGUUAACCAGUUGUUACGCGAUUUGCCUGCAGAGCUCUCACACGGGUGACGAUGACUACAUUCUCGAGUUCUUUCUUCCUCCAGCCAUUACAGAUAAAAGCGAGCAAGAUUCGCUGUUGGGUUCUCUGUUGGCAACCAUGAAACAGCAUUUUCAGAGUCUGAGGGUCGCGUCUGGGAUUUCUUUCGGCGAAGAAGCCAAUGAAGUGUCGGUUGAAUUCAUCGAGGCGUUACCGGAUAAGAAGCUAAAUUCGAGAAUAGAAUCUAUUCAUGUACCCUCCUCUGGUUUUGAGUCAAAUGUGGGGGAAAUGCUGUUAGAUCCUCAGCCCGUGGUUCCUUCCUCCGAGCCAGUGAAAGAGACGAGCAACGUGGCCGAUGAUAAUGGCGUAGUUAAAGAGAUGAAGAAGCCAGAGAGAAAACGGGGAAAAACAGAGAAAACAAUCAGUCUAGAUGUUCUUCAGCAGUAUUUCACUGGCAGCCUCAAAGACGCUGCCAAAAGCCUCGGAGUUUGUCCCACGACGAUGAAGCGAAUCUGCAGGCAGCACGGAAUCUCACGGUGGCCAUCUCGGAAGAUCAAGAAGGUGAAUCGUUCGAUCACCAAGCUGAAACGUGUGAUCGAAUCAGUUCAAGGCACGGAUGGUGCCCUCGACCUUACUUCCAUGGCCGUCGGUUCCAUACCUUGGACAAACGGCCAAGCCACUGCCCAGCCGCUCAAUUCACCCAGCGGCUACAAAGAGCCUGAGCCACCAAAGAACAACGAUUCAACCCACAACGGCUCAAAUGGUCACAGCCCUCAUGAACCACAUGGUUCCCCACCUAGCAACGGCUGCAAACCAUCACGGACCAGGGAUGACAGCGUUGGGACCCCGACCUCUCACGGUUCUUGCGAAGGCAGUUACCGGGAUGAAAUGAAAGCCCUAAACCCAGAACCGAUUUUCAUGGCUGAUGUAUCUGCAGCAUCGUUUUCAAUGCCAAACCGGAUUUUGGGAUCUAUCGAGCCUUUUCGGGGAAUGCCCAUUGAAGAGUCGGGGAGUUCCAAAGAUCUGAGAAACCUCUGCCAUUCCGUAGCGGCAGAUGAGAAGUUUCCAGAAUCGAACUGGCUAAACAACGGCAACAACAUCUACGUUCGUCCAGAGGAAGAGGCCAUGGAAAUUACUCGUGUAGCAUCAGGGUCAGAGACGAGAAGUGUAACCAUCAAGGCAAGUUACAAAGAAGAUAUAAUAAGGUUCAGAAUAUCAUCGAGCUCGGGUCUAAUGGAAUUGAAGGAAGAAAUCGCGAAAAGGCUGAAACUUGACGCAGGUACGUUCGAUAUCAAGUAUCUAGACGAUGAUAGCGAAUGGGUUUUGAUAGCUUGUGAUGUUGAUCUUCAAGAAUGUCUCGAUAUCUCGGGAUUUUCUGGUAGCAGUCUCGUUCGGCUCCUGGUUCAGGACGUGAUGGCGAAUCCCGGGAGCUCUUGUGAGAGCACCGGAGAGUUGUGACCAGAACCAUGGCUCUUGUAAAUAACUGUUAGGGUUUGGUAUUCGGGUUUUCAUGUAGCACAAGAAAAGAGUUGGAAGCUCAUUAGGCUUAAGGAUCAAGUAUAAAUCAUUUGUUUGUAUGUGAGAAGAGGAGGAUCAGAAAUAACUUUUUAACUGUAAACUAACCAAAGUUUUCUAACUUUUCCUUUUUCCGCC